AUGGGUCAAUCAAUAGAUGAUAAAGAAAUUACACGUGAAUUAUGGCAAUCACGUUUACCAAUAUGUUUUAUAUUAUCCGAUGAAGAUAUGAGUAAAGUCAAUCGUUCUGAAUUACCUGAACCACUUUAUUUAAUGCUUGCACGUCAUAGUUAUUUUCCGUGUAUUAUCGAAAAAAUUCAUCGAUAUUAUUCAACAUAUUUUAAAGAAAAUGUAAAUGAAACAACGAACAAUAUUAAUCUUGCUAAUUUAUGGUUAGAAUUUGAGAGUAUUCCAUUAAAAUGGCAUUAUCCGAUAGGUGUACUUUAUGAUCUUUAUGCAUCAUCUGUUUCAUCAACAUCACAUUUACCCUGGCAAAUAACUGUUCAUUUAAGUAAAUUUCCUGAAGGUGAAAUUUUACGUUUUCCUGAUAAGGAAUCAAUUGAAGCACAUUAUAUGUCAACAAUAAAAGAAGCCGAUGCACUUAAACAUAAAGGACAAAUUAUUGGUGACAUGCAAAAACGUGAUCAUAAACAAUUGUGGAACUCGUUAUUACAAGAUAAAUACGAUGGUUUUUGGAAUAUCAAUAAUAAAUUAAUGAAUUAUACCGAUAGUUUACAAUAUUUUCGUUAUAUACCAUUCCGAGUUUAUAUCGUAGAUAAACCAUUUAUACAAAAAUUAUUUUCACCCUAUGAUAUUGAUCAAGAUAAAUUUAUGACAUUAAAUGAUUUACUUGAUUUUGUUUUACAUCAUGAAGCACAAUGUGAAUUAUUAGCAAAUGAAAAAAAAAUUUUAAAUACAAAUGUUGAUGAUUAUCAAGUUAUUAUUCAUGGUAUACAACCUCCAAUUAAUACACCAAUUCAAUGGUUAAGCGAACAUUUUUCAUAUCCAGACAAUUUUCUUCAUAUAUGUCUUAUUGAAAAACGUACAUAA